CACCAAUUCAGAAUCGCAAAAAUGUAGUAAACAACAUCAGAAUCAGAUAACAACAAACCAAAAACCAGUGGCCACAAUGCUCGCACUGUGUAGCCUAUGCCAACAUGCCAUGAAACAUCAUCAACAACAACUCAGCUUCGUCUUCACACACUCACACUUACUUCAAUGAUCACUGCUUGCAGAGCUUCUUCUUCAAGAGCUAACCCACUUUCUCUACGCUCUUCCCUACAUUCCAAACCAUCAUUUUUAUCUUUGAGUCUCUUUUUCCCUCGCCACUUUCACAAGAGCAUUGCUCUCUCCUCAACAACACAGUGCAAACCCAGAAGCCAUUUGGGUGGAAAUUUGAAUAAUGGGCUAGAAGAAGAUGGUGACCGUGAGGUUCACUGUGAGCUUCAAGUGGUUUCUUGGAGAGAACGGAGAGUUAAGGCUGAGAUUUCUAUCAAUGCUGAUAUUAACUCUGUUUGGAAUGCUUUAACUGAUUAUGAACAUCUAGCUGAUUUCAUACCAAAUCUUGUUUGGAGUGGGCGUAUUCCUUGCCCAUUUCCUGGAAGGAUAUGGUUAGAGCAAAGAGGAUUUCAAAGGGCAAUGUAUUGGCACAUUGAAGCUCGUGUUGUUUUGGAUCUUCAAGAAUUACUCAAUUCUGAAUGGGAUCGAGAACUUCAUUUUUCAAUGGUUGAUGGAGACUUUAAGAAGUUUGAGGGAAAAUGGUCUGUAAAAUCUGGAACAAGGUCAUCGUCAACAAAUUUAUCUUAUGAGGUUAAUGUGAUACCAAGAUUCAAUUUCCCAGCUAUUUUCUUGGAAAGGAUUGUCAGAUCGGAUCUUCCUGUGAAUCUCCGAGCCUUAGCAUAUAGAGUUGAAAGGAAUCUUUUGGGGAAUCAGAAACUUCCCCAGCCAGAAGACGACUUGCAUAAAACUUCUUUGGUUGUUAAUGGAUCUUCUGUCAAAAAGAUAAAUGGUUCUUUAUGUGAAACCGACAAAUUGGCACCUGGUCAGGAUAAAGAAGGUUUGGACACUUCAAUUUCCGGUUCAUUGCCUGCGUCUUCCAGUGAGUUAAACAGCAAUUGGGGUAUAUUUGGAAAAGUUUGUAGCCUUGACAAGCCUUGUGUUGUAGAUGAAGUUCAUCUCCGCAGAUUUGAUGGACUUUUGGAAAAUGGAGGUGUUCAUCGUUGUGUCGUUGCAAGCAUAACAGUCAAAGCUCCUGUUCGUGAUGUAUGGAAUGUUAUGUCUUCGUAUGAGACUCUUCCUGAGAUAGUUCCAAAUUUAGCAAUCAGUAAGAUUUUAUCACGAGAUAACAAUAAAGUCCGCAUUCUUCAGGAAGGGUGUAAAGGCCUGCUUUAUAUGGUGCUUCAUGCUCGUGUUGUGUUAGAUUUGUGUGAACAGCUAGAACAAGAGAUUAGUUUUGAACAGGCUGAAGGUGACUUCGACUCAUUCCAUGGAAAAUGGACUUUUGAGCAACUAGGAAAUCAUCACACACUGCUAAAGUACUCUGUGGACUCAAAAAUGCGCAGAGAUACGUUCCUUUCUGAAGCUAUCAUGGAAGAGGUCAUUUAUGAAGAUCUGCCAUCAAACUUGUGUGCAAUAAGAGACUACGUUGAGAACCAGAAAGCAUCACAAUUUUUGGAAGUUUGUGAGCAAAAUACGAAUUCAGGACAACAAAUUAUAUUAUCUGGCUCUGGAGAUGAUAACAACUCUAGUUCAGCUGAUGAUAUUUCUGAUUGUAAUGUUCAAAGCUCAUCUAAUCAAAGGUCAAGAGUUCCGGGACUACAGAGGGAUAUUGAAGUCCUAAAAUCUGAACUCCUGAAAUUUGUUGCUGAAUAUGGUCAGGAAGGGUUUAUGCCAAUGAGGAAGCAGCUUCGGCUGCAUGGAAGAGUGGAUAUUGAGAAGGCUAUAACUCGCAUGGGUGGAUUCAGAAAGAUUGCAACCAUAAUGAACCUCUCUCUAGCUUACAAAUACCGCAAACCAAAGGGUUACUGGGACAAUCUUGAAAAUUUGCAGGACGAGAUAAGUAGAUUUCAGAGGUGCUGGGGGAUGGACCCAUCAUUUAUGCCCAGUAGAAAGUCAUUUGAACGAGUUGGCCGCUUUGAUAUUGCACGAGCGCUAGAAAAGUGGGGUGGACUUCAUGAGGUUUCUCGCCUUCUAUCUCUCAAGGCAAGGAGAAAAAGAACCAGACAGGACAACAACCUUGGCAAGGAUAAGAAAAAUGAUCACAGAGAAUCAGCAGAUGUAGAUAGUGAGAUCAAUGCAGCAUCUAGACCUUAUAUUUCUCAAGACACACACAAGUGGCAUACAGAACUAAAAGAGUUGGACAUAAAUUGGGUUGAGUAAAGAUAGUAUAAAUAUAUUUAUACAUUGGCUUAAGUACAACUAUGUGUUGAUGGUAACAUGAUUCUCCUGACGGUGUUCUGCCGGUAACAAGUUGCAGGUUCAUUUGGCAGUAUACAUGUAAAUUUGCUAUUGUCUAUAAUUUUGCGUUGAGCACCCUUCAAUGGCAAAAUAUGGCUGCUGGUGGGUAUAAUUUUUAAUAUAUACUGAUGCCAUGUACUUAUUGGUAAAUUUUCUUCCUUUCACUUGGCGCAUUUUGGACAGAGAGAAACUAUAAUCAUGAUAAGGGGAAACGAAAGAUUAUUUCAUAAAUGAGCAAAAAAAAAGGGAAGGUGAAUGAAAGAUCAUUAUUGCUAUGACAGUUUGCGUGGACUUGCAUGUUCCUAUAAUCCCACAACUGAAAUUGUAUGACUCGCUUGUAAAACAUAAAACAUUGCUUCAGGAAUGUGUAUGAGGAAUAUUGUUGAAUUAUAAACUUA